AUGGCCUACCGUCGACGAUGUGCUGUCGAAGAUGCAAAUGCAGACUUCCUCGACAAGUAUACCGAUAUUCAAAAAAAGCCCAGGGAAACCCGCGUAAGGUUUUCGGAUACGCCUCAAUAUCACGAGCUUCUCCAGCUCGAGGAAGAAGACCGCUUAGUAGCAUGGAUUGAUGAUCUCCAUGAGGUGGACGUGGAGCGCAAGGCGACGAACGAAAGCGGUCCUCUGGCAGAGACGCCCAAGGAUCACGAAUCCCGCGAAGCCGAGGAGGGCGUGCCGCGCACAAGAUAUCUCGAAGACAUGCGUAAUUGGCAAGUCACAGAGUACGAGCGACGCGUCACAGCCGAGGAUGCAAACAGGAGAUACUUCCAGUCAUCGCGAAGUCACCCGAGAGAACGCAAGCCCUCUGCGGUGCGAUUCUUUGGAGAAACAACGUUCAUCUACAACCCUAGAAAAUCAAUUAGGGAGAUCAACAUGGCUGGCUACGAGCUUGUCGGAGUGUUCACGUCUCGGAUGACGGGAGAUGAAGUCAUAAAGGCUCGCAGACGCCUCUACAAGCGCCCGGAGGACUUUUGA